AUGUCGUCCAAGAAGAUCGAGCAGUGGGAGAUCGAGCGGUAUUGGGAGAUUUUUGCGUCGCUCGCGAAUGGCCAGCCCCGCUUGAAUAGCUCUCAGGCUGCCUCCGUGCUGCGCAACAGUCGGCUGCGCGAUGACCAGCUCGAGAAGGUCUGGGACAUUGCCGAUGUCGACGGCGAUGGAGAGCUCGAUUUCGAGGAGUUCUGCGUCGCAAUGCGCCUGGUAUUCGACCUGGUCAAUGGCGAACUACAAGAAGUCCCCCACGCACUGCCCGACUGGCUUGUUCCAGAAUCCAAAUCACACCUUGUUCAUGCCACACGGGCACUAAGCGGUCGCCCUGAGCAAUUCGAGCGGAUAGAUGACGAAGAUGAUUCCCUGGGUCUCAAGGAUGGCUUUGAGUGGUACAUGAAGCCGGCCGACAAGGCCAAGUAUGAGGAGAUCUACAGUGCCAACCGCAACCCCCGCGGCCAGACUACCUUUGAAUCCCUACAACCUCUCUACGACUCCCUGGACGUCCCCGACACCGAUGUCCGCUCCGCAUGGAACCUCGUCAACCCCUCCGUCGCACCCGCAAUCAACAAAGAUGCCACUCUCGCCUUCCUGCACAUCCUUAACUACCGACACGAGGGAUACCGCAUCCCACGUGCCAUUCCUGCAUCCCUGCGAGCCUCCUUCGAGAGCAAUCAAAUCGACUAUCAAAUUGACAAUGCACCAGCCCAGCGUUGGGGUACCGAAGGAAAUGUCGAAACAAGGAGCGGGCGCAAGGCCAAGUUCGGAGAUAGCUAUCUCAGCCGAUUGGGCGUUGGUGGCAAAGGCUCAUACCAGCCCAAGGGCACAGACUUCAGCGAAACCGUCCAAGACGAGGAGUGGGAGAAGGUCCGCUUGCGCCGAGAGCUGGCAGAGAUCGAGGCCAAAUUAAGCUCCGCCAACCAGGCUUCCGAUAACCGACGCGAUCAGCCCCGCAACGAUGGCCGGCCCAACUGGGUUCUGAUUAAGAAAGAAGCACUUCAGCUGUUGGAAUAUAAGGAGCGCGAGCUUCGGGAGCUGCGGGAAGGUGUUGGUCGGUCGAAAGAUGGACAGGACCUGGAGCGUUUGAGGGAAGAUGUCAAGACCGUUGGAGAUCAGGUUGAAGGACUAAAGGCUCAUUUGGCUCAGCGCAAGGAGACUCUUGCCGACCUGCGCCAGCAGAUCGAAGAGGAGAGGUCUCGCCGAUAA